GUAGAAUCGCUUUAUCCUCGUCCUGGCUGGGUUGAGUUAGAUCCCGAAGUGCUGUGGAAUCAGUUUGUUGAUGUAAUAAAGGAGGCUGUACAAGCUGCGGGACUUCACAUGAGGCAGAUUGCUGGUCUUGGCAUCUCAACGCAGAGAGCAACUUUCAUUACAUGGCACAAGAGGACAGGGAAACCUUUUCAUAAUUUCAUAAGUUGGCAAGACUUAAGAAGUGCAGAACUUGUGACUUCUUGGAAUAAGUCCCUUCUGCUGAAGGUGAUCCAUGUUAUUUUUACAGUACUUCAUUUCUUGACUGGGAGCGAUCGGUAUUUGGCACCAAGUUUUCUUACUUUUUCAACACAACAAACUUCUAUGAAGUUGUCAUGGGUUUUUAAAAACAUACAGGAGGCUGAAGAAGCUGCUAAGAAAAAUAACUGCUGCUUUGGAACAGUUGACACGUGGUUACUGUAUAGAUUGACUAAAGGUUCUGUUUAUGCUACAGAUUACUCAAAUGCCAGUGCUACAGGCAUUUUUGAACCCUUUACGAAAUGUUGGAACCCCACUUUGAGUAAUUUACUUUCCAUUCCAAUGUCUAUUUAUCCUCCAGUGAAAGACACAAGCUUCAACUUCGGAUCAGCUGACUCUGAAAUAUUUGGGGUACCUGUUCCAAUAAUGGCAGUGGUAGCUGACCAGCAGUCAGCCAUGUUUGGAGAAUGCUGCUUUCACCCAGGAGAUGUUAAAUUGACGAUGGGAACAGGUGGUUUCUGGAAUGUGAAUACUGGAGGGCAUCUCUUUGCAUCAUGGAGAAGUCUGUAUCCACUGAUUGGUUGGAAGAUUGGAGAAGAAGUUGUUUACUUAACUGAAGGCUGCAUGUCAGACGUUGGCACUGCCAUAAAAUGGGCUCAGGAUAUAAAUCUUUUCACCAAUGUAGAUGAAACAGAAAAAAUGGCGCGGAGUAUUGUUGAUUCUCAAGGCGUUUGUUUUGUUCCAGAUUUUCAGGUUUCUGUGAAUGACCCAUAUUUAUGUGCCUCUUUCAUGGGGCUGAAACCUUCCACUACCAGAAACCAUCUUGUACGAGCUAUAUUGGAAUCCGUAGCUUUCAGAAACAAACAGCUUUAUGAUAUCAUUGUGAAGAAGGUUCGCAUUCCUCUUCAAACUAUUCGAGCUGAUGGAGGUGUCAGUAAUAAUAGUUUUGUCAUGCAGAUGACUUCAGAUUUAAUUAAUAAGAAAAUAGAAAAACCUGCAAAUGCAGACAUGUCUAGUCUUGGUGCAGCUUUUCUAGCAGGCCUUGCUUCAGGAUUUUGGACUGACAAAGAACAACUAAAGAAGCUAAGGCGAAUAGAAGCAGUUUUUGAGCCCCAGAAGGACAUGGAGGAAUACAAACCUGCUAUGGAUACCUGGCUACAAGCAAUGAAAUGCUCUCUGCACUGGUAGAAAUUGGCAUUU